AUGUCCAGUACAGAUGGUAGUCCUACGCACUCUGGCGGAGCCCAGUCGAUCGGAGUACAAUCCGGGGGAGCGCAUACUGACAGUGCUGAUGAAGGAAGCAGUGACCCCGAACACCCUUUGAACGUCGACUCGGGCCGCCCCUACGACGGUGGCGAUAUCGCAGCGGGCGAGAGUCCCGCUAAACUAUGUGCACGGUCCUCAGGUCGAGCCUUGCAAAACUCCAUUAGAGUAGAUGAACCGGACGCAUCCGUCGAGAAGGGUACAAAGAGCCUUGACAACGCAGCUUCUAUUCCUGGCGGUGCAGCUACUCCUGGCGAUGCAACUACCACUAGUGACGCAGCCACUACCACUGGCGAUCCAGCCGCAGGUAAUGUUGUUACACCCGGCAAUAGAGCUAUUACCCGUGCUGAUGCAAGCACACCUGACAAUGCAGUUACUACUCCCGGCGAUACAGUUACUGCUCCUGGCAAUCUAGCAACCUCUGGCAGUAUUGCUAUCCCUAGCGAUUUACCUGCCCUUGCCGAUGUGGCCGGCGGUGAAAAUGCUUUGGUCUCAGGUGCGGAAGACCGAGUACCGCGACGGAAAGAUUCUGAAGGCGGCAGUGCCUGGAAGGGGGUGUUCGCCAGGUUCAAGAAGAACCGAAAGGGAAAGUCAAAGAGCGCAAAGCCCGAUGCUCGAGGGGCUUCUCCCCGAAUGCUCAAGAAUCCGAGUUUGGUACCGAAAACGGAUGAUGCUGGCGGACUGCGAGUUGCUGCCAGUCCCCCUUCUGAAUUUUUACGUAGUGGGGCAGGAGACUCCGUCGAGGAGCUGGUUGCUUUCCCAGGGGAUAGCGUCACAGUGCCGGCGGCCGCAGUGCCAGUAUGGGAGCCAGCUGAGGGUUCCAGAUCCGGCGCAGAUCUAACGAGUUGUGGUGCGAAGCAUGAUACUCCCAUUACAGAUUCUGCUCCGGUAGAUCUCUCUGAAGCUGGGGCAGAUCAAGCUGUCUGCGACGUGCCGAUCAGCAGUGCUGCAGAUGAAUCUCUUGGUGAUGGCAGAGUGGAGCCAGUUGAAGGCUCUAUGGCAUGCGCAGAGCUUCCUAAACCGCCAGAAUGUGGCAUUCCGACAACGGACGAUGCUCCGACUGCCAUCACGUUCCUGGAUCAUCCGGCGAAGGAUCCAGAUACAUCGAGUGUGGGAUCACCAGUCCGUGAUGGAGAAAUUGUGUAUACGUCGGUUGAGCACACAGAUCUUCCCGGCGCAGAUCUUCCUACACCGACGAAGCAUGACGCGCUAACUACGAAUGAUCAUCUAACGAUAUCCCCGAUUCAGAAGCGUGGCGGAUCAGGUGUGGUCAAACUUGGUGGUGAAGGCGAAGUUGUCAAACCUGCCGAAAUGCAGCGGAAGUCCGCUGAAGGCUCAGUUCCCGGCGGAGACGUUUCGAACCCUGAUGCUACAGGUGCUCCUCUGAUACCCUCCUCGAUUGCGACACCUGAUGGUAAGGGCUAUCCGCCAGCCGACGAGGGCUCCAUACAUAAGCCAGCCGACGAGGGCUCCUUACACAAGCCAGCCGACGAGGGCUCCUUGCACAAAGACGCGGUCGAGGAACCCUCUGCCGACGGCAACGAUGCAGUGUGCAAUGUACCGAGCGGUUCAGUAGACAUGCGGACAACCGAAGCGGAUCAGGAUGCUUAUUGGCCCACAAGGGAUCCGAUUGUGCAUGCAUCGAGUGUGGGGGCACCAGAUCGCGAUGGAGAAGCUGAGCGUAAACUAGUCGAGUACUCUAUUCCUCCCACGGGUCUCUCCUUGCCUGUGGAGCAGAUCACUCCCACCAAAGACGAGAUCCCGACUGCUGGCACAACUCAGAAGGCUGCCCGUGAGGGCUCGUUGCAGGAUGAGACUGUUGCAGGACCCACUGCCGACGGCGCUCCUCUUUUGUCCCACCCGGUGCAGCCAUUUGACGGCGAAGGUUCUUUAAACGAGGAGACUGUUGAUCGACCCGCUGCCGACGACGCUCCUCUUGUCUCUUAUCCGGUAUGCCGCCAACCGAGUCGUUCCGAACUACCGACAUUCCUGACGCCGAUGGCUUGGUCGAGGUUCGUGAGAAACCAGACGUAG